AUGCUCCUACACAACUCGUGGGGCGCCUUGCCCGCCCUGCUAAUCCUCGCUCUCUCUCGCUUCUCAAAUGCCGCCUGCGAGUGCGGAUACUCGGUCAACUCCACCAGCGACUCUUCCUAUGCCGUCUUCACCGAGCUGCUUGAAAAUGACUUUCUCCACACAAAGACCGACGACUUCUCCACGGUAGGAUGGAGACCCCAGCAGUACAACAUGACGGCCCAGAUGGCCAGAGGCCCCUUUGGCAAGGCUAUGGAAGUCGGCAAUGUUCUCUCCAACCCUCUCAAGGACGACAAGGCAUGGGCGGGAGAUGCCGAGCACGGCGGAGAUGCCGGACUCGAGCUGUGGGUUCGUGGCAAUCACGCAGACGGCUUCGUGAGCGGUGCCGAGAUUGUUAGCAUACGCAACGACUCGCUACUCGGCAGUUUCCGUGUGGGCAUGAAGUUGUCCAACUCGUCUGGAACUUGCGGCGCAUUCUUCUUUUACCACAACAACUCGCAAGAAAUUGACAUGGAAUUCCUCUCGCAUCAAUUCAACGAAUCCCAAGGCGCCGUAAACCUGGUUCUCCAAAGCCCCCAAUCCGUCUCCAACGGUUUCGCUGCUCAGGGAACAAACGGCUUUGUAGUCAAGCAACUCCCAUUCCGCCCAGACGAAAAGUUCCACGAGUACCGCUUUGACUGGACCCCUGGCAGCGUCGAGUUUUUUGUUGAUGGUCAACUCCUCCACCGAAUGACCGAAAACGUUCCCCAGGAAGGCGGCAGCAUCUUCUUCAACCACUGGAGCAAUGGCGACCCAUCAUGGUCGGCAGGACCACCCGACCGAGACACUGUUAUGACAAUCUCCUACCUCAAGAGCUACUUCAACUCAACUGAUACCGAGCGAUCGCAAAACGACUACAAGAAGCGCUGUCCUACAUUCGACCCGGCCAAGGUCUGUGCCAUUCCCAACCAAAUGAGCGCACCGGACCCAAGUCAAGGCGCCGAAGCGGCCAAGACGUACUUCUUCUCGACAGACCCCAAGGGCGACAUGACUCCUGGCCAGACAACGUACAAGAACGCGGCGACAAGCAUAUUCGGCGUUCCGCUAUCAUCAAUCGUCAUUCCAUCAAUCAUUUCCAUGCUCAGCUUAGCCAUGGCAUGGUAG